AUGGCGUCAAGUUCCCGAGCUCUAAACGCAAUCCUACCGCAGAUCCCCGUUGCACCCUACGAGGCGCACCAGAAAGCCCGCACAUUCGCCUCAAGAUAUGUAAAGUCAGGCCAACACGACACCGCGAUCGACGUCCUCUUCCAGAGUGCCCGUGAACUCCUCAAGACGGGCCAACCGGGUUCUGGCGUCGACUUGGGUGGGUUUAUGCUGGAUGUGUAUGAUACCAAGGGUGAAACUGUUACACCGGAAAGUAGAGGCAGGGUUACACAGCUGAUUGCGCUGACUGGGUCUGAAGAUACCUGGAGGAAGACUCUUAUCGACAAAGCGAUAGCUUGGUCAGCGAAACAUGGUGAUUGCCCUGCCGGUGAUCCAGAAUUGAACUACUAUGUCGGUGAACUCUUGGAUAAAGAGGGAUCCUUUGAUCUUGCAGAGCCCUAUCUGCUCGCGGCUGGGACGCGCGACAGUGCGCGAUUGCUCGCCGAGAUGUUCUUGCGAUGGGGCGCUUCAUCAUCCACAUACGGCCCAUUCGCGCUCCGCGGUGUCAUCCCGUACCUCCAGAAUGGCAACGUCCUCGCAGCGAAGGCCUUCAUCCGCCACUUCGUCUCCGGCCUCCCAGACUCAGUGUUAUCUAACUCGGCCAAGAUCCCGGCAGGCGAUAGCGACGAAGUUGUCAUGACCUCAGACUCGCUCAUCAACUUUUCCCAAAUGGCCGUCCUGACUUGCCAACGCGCGCAGGGUGACAAGAGUAAAGUACCUCGAGAAGCCUGGGUCCGGUUGUGUGGGACGUACCAGAGCAAGGGCGGUCCCCUUGUCGCACCAGAAGUUCGAAGGGCUUUGACUGAGAUUGCGCAGUUGUACUUUGCCAUUCCUCCACCUCGAAAUCACGCCGCCAACCCCCUGGGCGACAUGAUUUCUUCUCUCUUCGGAGGCCCCGCUGCACCCACGCAACCCGCCAGGCGCACUCUAACACCAGCUUCUGGGUCUGGCUCGGGUCUUGACUGA